AUGACUCUUCCAGGCUAUGUUGUUCCUGGCCAAAUAAUCUCACCACUGAUUGAAAAGGAAGGAAAUGUCGUUCGAAGAUAUAAACCAGGCCAUGGUGUAGUUGAACGCGAUUUUGGCAAUGUUAAAGCUCUCUCUGCUACUUUAGUAGGAAAGAUCCAGAUUGUAUCUUUAGACGGAAAAAAGGAGGAUGACAUAGUGAUGGUAGAUGAUGAAGAUUUAGAAAAUGACAAAAAAAGCAAGGUCAAGGGCAAGCCAACGGAAUUAGUAUUCCAGAUCAAUAUCGAAAACAAAUUUAAUUACGGCAGUUCUGAUAACGUAUCAAGCACCCGUGUAGGCACAUCUGUGCUUCCCGAAGUUGGCGACAUUGUCUACGCCAAAGUUGUCAAGCUCACUCUUGUUCAGACUCACGUUGAAAUCCUUGUUGUGGAAAAUCAGGGAACAAUAUCUGCCGAAUCUGGCCUUGGAGUUCAUGCCUCUGCCGACGGCGUCGUGGGACUACCGCCUCUGGCAUCUGGACAAGGCAGUGCUUCUAGUUCCGGUGAUAUUGCGGAGGGUUUCGGAGGUAUCAUUCGUAUUCAAGAUGUUCGUGCUACCCAAAGAGAUAAGGUCAAGAUACAGGAGUCUUUUAAACCAGGUGAUAUUGUCCGUGCGUUAGUGCUUUCGUUGGGUGAUGGAAACAAUUAUUACCUCUCAACUGCAAGAAAUGAUUUGGGUGUUAUUUUUGCUAAAAGCGCUGCUGGUGAGCACAUGUAUCCUAUUGAUUGGCAAACUAUGAAGAGCUCUGUUACUGGCGCCCUCGAGUUACGCAAAUGUGCUAAACCAUUUUAA